AUGUCCAACCACCCGUCACAAAUCGAGGAGAUCUUAAGGCUCCUUCUGAUGGGCCAAGAGCUCGAUGACAGUCAACAGAAGACCAUGGAUGACUACAAGUUCUGGAAGACCCAACCCGUUCCCAAAUUGGACGAAAAGAUCGACAGCGAAGGGCCCAUUGAACACAAACAAGUUAGUGAGGUCAGAUCUGAACCGUACCCUAUGUUGGAUGCGUUUGAAUGGCUGACGGUGGACAUUGAAAAUGAAAAGGAGUUGGACGAAGUCUAUCAACUUCUAUACGAGAAUUACGUGGAGGACCAAGACGCCACAUUCAGAUUCAAGUACUCGCACGAGUUCUUCAAGUGGGGUCUUAAACCUCCUGGUUGGCGUCGAGAAUGGCAUGUGGGUGUCAAGGUCAAGGAUACUGGUAAACUUGUGGCAUUUAUCUCGGCCAUCCCCGUCAAUCUCCACCUCAACUCCACAAACACUGAUAUUCCCUCUGUGGAAAUCAAUUUCCUCUGCGUCCACAAGAAGUUACGUGCCAAGCGGUUGGCUCCCGUGCUUAUCAAAGAAAUCACCCGUCGAGUUAACCAGGCGAAUAUCUGGCAGGCGUUGUAUACUGCGGGUGUCGUGCUUCCGUCGCCAGUAUCGACAGCUCGUUAUGCCCACCGCCCUAUCAAUUGGGGUAAAUUGAACGACGUGGGCUUUCUGCACUUGCCUGCAAACCAGACUCGGGAGGGUGUCGAAGCAUACUACGCGCUCCCGGACACCACAUCGACCCCUGGUUUGCGGCCGAUGGAGAAAAAGGAUUUGAAGCAAGUGGGAGAGUUAUUACAUCGCUUCCAAAAGAAGUUUGAGCUUGUUCAAACUUUCACGGAAGAUGAAUUGGCUCACUGGUUAUUGGGCAAGGACGACGGACCGAGCAACGUCAUCAAGACGUAUGUCGUGGAAACUGAUAGGAAGAUAACCGACUUUUUCUCCUACUACUUACUUCCCUUCACUGUUUUGGGCAACGCUCAACACAACGAAUUAGGAGUAGCAUACCUUUAUUACUACGCAGUUGAUGACUCUCAAGGUGACUACAAGCAGAGACUAACACAAUUGGUGAGCGAUGCACUCGUGACUCUGAAGGAGGACAAUGUUGACGUAUUCAAUUGUUUGACCGUUCAAGACAACACUUUCUUUAUCAAGGAUUGCAAGUUCGGUCAAGGUGACGGACUCUUGAACUAUUACUUGUUUAACUACCGAAAGCAACCCGUCAAUGGAGGCAUCAAUCCUAAAUCUAAGGAAGUAUUAGAGGAUACCACUCUGGGUGUCGGGGUAGUUUUGUUAUAG